AUGGUGGCUUUGGAGGCUGGAGCAUCCACGAGACUUAGUCUCCUGCUGCUCUGGCUUGGGGUGUCUCUGUCUGUUCCUGACCACUCUCGGGCCGGGCCCUCCCAGCAUUUGACAUCCCCAGAAGUGGUGAUCCCCUUGAAGGUGACCAGCAGGGGCAGAAGUGCAAAAGCCCUAGGAUGGUUCUCCUACAGCCUGCGGUUUUCAGGCCAGAAACACCUUGUCCACAUGCGGGUCAAGAAGCUAUUGAUGUCCACACACCUCCCUGUGUUCACCUACACGGAGCAGGAUGCCCUCCUCCAGGACCAGCCCUUCAUCCCAGAUGACUGCUACUAUCAUGGUUAUGUGGAAGGGGUCCCUGAUUCGCUGGUUGCCUUCAGUACCUGUUCUGGGGGCCUUCGAGGAUUACUGCAGAUCAAUGACCUUGCAUAUGAAAUUGAGCCAAUUAGGGUUUCUACCACAUUUGAACAUCUGGUGUAUAAGAUAGACAGUAACAAGACACAAUUCCUACCCAGGGGAUGUGGCUUAACAGAGAAGGAAGUAUUAUACCAAUACUUGGAAUUUGAAAAAGCUGAGAACUCAGAUGUGAAAAAAAAUUCUGCUGGCAACUGGUGGACCCACACAUGGUUUUUGGAACUGGCUGUGGUGGUAGACCAUGAUUUCUUCAUUUACUCCCAAAGCAACUUAUCAAAGGUGCAAGAGGAUGUAUUUCUUGUUGUCAACAUAGUUGAUUCCAUGUAUAAACAGCUGAGUACUUAUAUAAUUUUGAUUGUGAUUGAAAUUUGGAAUCAAAGAAAUGUUUUCCCAAUGAUGAGCAUAGAACAGGUUCUGGAAGAUUUCUCUCAAUGGAAACAAAUCAGACUUUCCCAACUACAGCACGAUGCUGCACAUAUUUUCAUUAAAAAUUCCCUUAUAAGCAUACUUGGUCUAGCCUAUGUUGCAGGAAUAUGUCAUCCUCCUAUUGAUUGUGGAGUUGACAAUUUCCAAGGAGACAUCUGGUCUCUUUUUGCCAACACUGUGGCUCAUGAGUUGGGUCAUACUUUGGGUAUGCAGCAUGAUGAGAAAUUCUGCUUUUGUGGGGAGACAGGUUGCAUCAUGGAUGCUUUCAGAGUGCCUGCAGAUAAAUUCACCAAUUGCAGUUAUGCUGAUUUCAUGAAGACCACUUUAAACCAGGGAUCAUGUCUGCACAAUCCUCCAAGAUUAGAGAAAGUCUUCAUGCUGAAGCGUUGUGGGAAUGGUGUGGUGGAAGGAGAAGAAGACUGUGACUGUGGGUCCGUACAGGAGUGUGAACAAGAUCCCUGUUGCCAGUUGAACUGCACUCUGACACCUGGAGCUGCUUGUGCUUUUGGGCUUUGUUGCAAAGACUGCAAGUUCCUGCCAUCAGGGGAACUCUGUAGACAGCAGGUCAAUGAAUGUGACCUUCCAGAGUGGUGUGAUGGGACCUCCCAUCAGUGUCCAGAAGAUAGAUAUGUGCAGGACGGAAUCCCCUGCAGUGACAAUGCCUACUGCUAUCAAAAGAGAUGUAAUAACCAUGACCAACAGUGCCAGGAGAUUUUUGGUAAAGGUGCAAAGAGUGCAUCUCAGAACUGCUAUAUAGAAGUCAACUCACAGGGAAACCGUUUUGGCCACUGUGGUUCAAAUGGCGCAAUAUACCUUAAAUGUAACACCUCUGACAUUUUUUGUGGGAGAGUGCAGUGUGAGAAUGUGGGAGACAUUCCUCCUCUCCAAGAUCAUGCUGCUUUGCAGCACACUGACAUCAAUGGUGUCACCUGCUGGAGUUUUGACUACCAUGCAAGGAUGGACAUCCCUGAUGCUGGUGAGGUGAAAGAUGGUACUGUGUGUGGUCCAGGAAGGAUCUGCAUCCACAAGAAGUGUGUCGGUCUGUCUGUCCUGUCACACGUCUGCCUUCCCGAAACCUGCAAUAUGAAGGGAGUCUGCAACAACAAACAUCACUGCCACUGCGGCUACGGAUGGUCCCCACCCUACUGCCUGCACAGGGGCUUUGGAGGCAGUGUUGAUAGUGGCCCAGCAUCUACAAAAAGAAGCAUUUCCUUGCCACUAAUUAUUAUGCUUUCUUUGUCUGUUUUGAUUUUUCUGUUUACUGUUAGGCUUUUUAGGUAUUGUCGACAAUAUUCUGGUCCAUAGGAGACUCAAGCUCACUCAUCGGGUUAA